AUGGAGGAGGGACAUAAGGGGGGGCAAGAGAAAGAGAAGGAAGGGGAAGAAGUGAGGUACCGUGGUGUUAGAAGGAGGCCAUGGGGGAAGUAUGGGGCAGAGAUUAGAGACCCAACAAAGCCUACGGGAAGACAGUGGUUGGGGACAUUUAAUACAGCAGAAGAAGCAGCUAAAGCUUAUGAUCAAGCAGCCAUUGGUUUGAGAGGUGCUCUUGCAAUCCUAAAUUUUCCUGAUGAGUUCUGUUCUCAUCUACCUUCAGUAUCAUCACCAUCAUCUUCUUCUUCUAAUGCUGCCAUUGUAAGUUCUUCUUAUGCACAACAGAGGGAAGUUAUUGAGUUUGAGUAUUUGGAUAACAAGGUGUUGGAAGACCUCCUUCAGUCAGAAGAAGAGAAGAAAUGUGGAAGCAAGACUAAGGACUGA